CACUGGUUAAAGAUUGUUUGCAUUCUGCAUUUUACGUUCUGUACCUCUGAAAUCUUUAGCAAAACGUCGGUCCCAACCAGCGCCCAUAUAGGCGUACAUAUACGAGCAGCCUUACGCCCCAAUAUCAACUGUACAGCUCGCGGAAACGGUUAUUUCCGGAACAACAUGUCUGUAGCUGCUCAAGUCGUCAGCAGCGAGGGGCCACAGAGUGUGGGGGACGAGUUACAGACAAAGAAGCAGUUUCCUACUUUUCCAGCCCCGGGAAAACCGACGCAUGAAAAGCUGGGCGGAUAUGAUUUCUACAGAUCGAUCGGUAGUCCGAAAUUUGUGGUGGCUCCUAUGGUUGACCAAAGCGAGCUUGCCUGGCGUCUUCUCUCACGGUCUCCUCUUCCUCCAGCUCUGGCCGGCCCAUCUGAGACAGUGACGACGCCGCAAGGCAAGGCAUAUAUCCGCCACCCCGGUGGUGCCCACGUCUGCUAUACGCCAAUGAUUCACGCAAAAGUGUUUGUGGAUGCAAAAGGAGAAGGCGGACGUAACGGAGAUGGUCAAUUUUGUCUGAGCCUAGAUGAAGAAGGCGGGGAGGGGACUAUUGGAGGGGUGGAGGGGGGUGACAGGCCUCUCAUUGUGCAGUUUUGUGCCAAUGAUCCCGAUAUUUUGCUGGCAGCUGCGAAGAAGGUGGAGCAUAGGUGUGAUGCGGUGGAUAUCAACUUUGGAUGUCCCCAGGGCAUUGCCAAACGAGGUCACUAUGGCUCUUUCCUCCAAGACGAAUGGGAGCUUAUACAUAAACUCAUCUCUACACUUCACGAGAACCUGUCUGUCCCUGUGACUGCAAAGUUCCGCAUCUUCCCCGACCUCGACAAGACGAUCGCAUAUGCUCGUAUGAUGGAAGCCGCCGGCGCUCAAAUCCUUACUUGUCACGGCCGUACUCGGGAGAUGAAGGGCCAGAACACUGGUCUUGCCGAUUGGGAAUAUAUCCGCGAGGUGAAGAAAGCUGUCAAGGUGCCUGUUUUCGCGAAUGGAAACAUACUGUACAGGGAAGACGUGGACCGGUGUAUGGAGGUGACAGGUUGCGAUGGGGUGAUGACUGCAGAAGGCAACUUGUCCAACCCUGCUAUUUUUAUGCCGCCCGAACACCCUCACGCCCAUCCGCCUAUAACGGUGCUCGCCCACCGAUACCUCGAUAUUGUGGAAGCGCUUGAUACGCCUACCGCAGGAAGCGCUAUCAAGGCGCAUCUUUUCCGACUUCUCAAACCUGUGCUCGACACGGACGAGGAGCUACGGGUGCAGAUUGCUACCUGCCGAUGGUCUGACGGUAUGGACGGUUUCCGUGAGAUUAUCAGAGAUAUUGAAAGACGGUGUGCACCUGUUCGUGAAGCUCUCGGAGCUGAUUGGAGACCGCCCACUGUUGAUCCCAAGACGGGCUAUCGAUCCCUCCCGAUGUUUGCCGCUCAGCCCCAGAUCCGUGCGAAACCCGUGUCGACCGAGAUUGGAGGUCAUGAAGAUAUGGUAUCGCGUCCCGUAUCCCCCGGGAAAGAGGGUGAAGGCCGUAUGUUUGACACGCCCAAUAUCACCACUGCGCCGGCGUCUUCCGUCCCCGGUACCGUCCUCUUUUCCCGAUCACACCGCCACACCAGCUUAGGCCAGACGGAGCGUUGCGUCCAUUCGGACUGUACGGGUGUUGCGGCUACGCGAUGUCCUACACGGGCAUGUAUUACGCAUUGCAGGAUAUUGCGUGCGGUGGAAGCUGGGUAUACGAGGGAAGAGGCUGAAGCGGAGGGUGCAAAGGGCGGGCUGGUUGGGAUGGGCUGUGAUGCGCAUGAGGAGAAAGUGAGGGCGAGGAAGGAGAGGGAGGCGAGGAAGCGCAAGGGGAGAGAGAUGGCAAAGGAAAAGGCAAAGGAGAGGAAGAAGGAGGAAAAGGCAAAGGAGGAGAGAGAGAAGAGCAAGGAAAAGGUGGGGAUGACGGAGGAGGAAGUAUCGUUUGCAGCCGGGUUGGCGUAGGUUGUGUAGCAUGGUUUCUUUUGCAUUUUUGGGGUCUUUUUGAAUCAUUAUAUGCAUGGGCA